UUCGAGAAAAAGGAGUUCAAAAAGUGAAAGUAGAAAAGCGUCGAAGCAAACAACUCCGCAGUUACUUCGGCGAGGAUUUUUUGGUGCAUAAUGUCCGGCCAUGGUCACAGCCACGGAGGAGGGUGUGGGGGAAAUCACGACUGUGAUGAACACCUGACAGAGGAUCAGCUGGCAGCGGCGUACAGCCUUUACACGAAAAUAAACAUGGAAGCAGUCCAAUGCCUGAACACCGACAGUCCGGCAAAAUGUGUCUUCAAACCCUGGGACCAGAGACUUGACAGAGAAAAGUAUGUUGAGAGUGAUGCAGAUCCCGAGUUACUGUUCAAAAUACCAUUUACGGGAUGUGUGAAACUGAAGGGCAUCAUUGUGAUUGGUGGAGGAGGAGAAAGCCACCCCAACAAGAUGAGAUUGUUCAAAAAUGCCCCAGAGAUGACCUUUGAUGAUGUAGGUCGGAAGGCGGACCAGGAAUUUGAGCUGACACCUGACUCUGAAGGCAAUGUACAGUAUGGAGUCAUAGCUGCCAGAUUUAAUAGUGUUGACACACUGACAAUCCACUUUCCGUCCAGCUUUGGAGGAGAUAAUACCAAGAUCUACUACAUAGGACUUAAAGGCGACUUCCACGAAGCUCCUCGUCAGGAAGUUGUCAUAGCAACAUACGAAGCUAGACCAAUGCCAGAUGACCAUGACACUAAAUCAGACUUUGAAAAUUUCCACCACCCGAUCAGCUGAUGUACCGGUACUUGCCUUGGUGAUCCUUGUAUGCUUUCAUCUCAACUGUUGCUGCGUAGAUGGGAAGAUGUUUUUCAAAAAAAUUGAAUUUAUUGAAUUAGUUUGUCUCAGGCUAAAACAUAUCUUUUUGACAAGAGGCCACACGACUUAUGCAGAGACACAUGAGUGUUUAAAUGAAGUUUACUUUUUUUGUAUACAUGUAGUUGAUGAUGAGAUUAAAAGUGUAAAAUUGAA